GGGGAAAACACAUUUUUCUCUAGUAAUGGUUAUAUCACAUCCAGUAUGGUGGAAAACACCUGAGCAAUGUGUGCAUGAUGUCACAGGAGAAACCUCAAUAUCUGUGUACUGUCCUUUGUCCGGAGCACUUUUCUGAAAUCUGGCCUGUUUGCAUCUUUUUUGCUGAUGUCCCUUAAUGUGCACUGUCCCUCUUAAAUAAACAAAAAAAUAUAGAUACCAAAAGCUAAAUAAAUAAACUUAUUCCCAUGGAAGACGAGUGAAAAACUUAUAUCAGAACCUUUUACCACUUUAACUGUAUUUAAUGUUUUUGACAUGUUAAUCAAAAGCAUUUAAACUAUUCAUCAAAAGGAAGCAGUCUCAUUCGUUUAUUUCUCCUAACAUCUUGGGUAUAGUGUGGAUUUAUGCAGGUUAUGGAUACAAUUUGUUGUAUAUAAGGAAUGUAUGCACAUACACUUGUACAGUAAACAAAAUAUGUUGAAAGUAUGGCGAUCACAGUCACUCAAAGACUUUAACUGUGACCUCACUGUGUCCUUUAAUAUUGUCUGUGUAUGUUUUUCUCCAAUUUGAUCAAAAUCUUCGUGCACAUUUUAGUUAUAUUUGCACUGACAUCACAGAGAUCCUUAAAAUGAAGUUAACAGCCCAGUAUGUUAUCUGCUUGCAACACAUGUGUAACACCCUUGCAAGCCUUGGCAAGCUGAAGAAACCAUGCCCAAAGGUACAUGAGAGGGUUAUGGAGAAACGUCAGGCUCUUCAUUUUUUGCCAGUUUUGGCUGUGGCAAGUUUCCUCAUCAAGAUAAGUGGAUCAAGCUCUCUUCGCCCGGUGCUGACUGGUCCUGACCUGGCCUUCAGUGGCCCAAGGGUGGUUUUCCGUUGUGUUGCAUCUAACGUCUCCCCACCAGUCAUCUAUGAGCUGAUAAAGGAUGGACGUGUGCGAAUUGGCCGCAAUAGAGAUUUUCAAGGUGGCCAAGUUGCAUUAUUCCCUAUCAAAGUAACUGCAGCGUCAGAAGGGUCAUACCACUGCAGGGCCACAGCUGGAGGAACCAGAGAAAUCAGCAACGGCAUUAAGCUGAGAGUAGUCACUCCACCAUCAUAUACCAGAGUGACCUCUGAACCCUUCCCCCCAGUUGCAUAUGAGGGGUCACGCAUGGCCCUGAGCUGUGAUGUUGAAAUGGGGUCCCACCUUUCCUACAGCUGGUUUUUUAACAGGAAGGAAAUAACAUCUUCCACUUCUCUCCCCUUCCACUUUGUGGGAAACAAGCUGUUGGUUGAGAGGGUAACUCCUGAGUAUGCUGGAAAUUAUUCUUGUAAUGCUUGGACCAGCGUGAAUGAGAUCAAGAGGAUUUCCAGCAGCACAGAGGUCCAGGUGACAAUCAAAGUCUAUGUUUCAAAGCCAGAGAUCUCCUUCUCCGUUCAUAAAGAGGGAACCGGUUACCAUGGCAAUGUGACGUGCUGGUCAACAAGAGGGAGCCCUCCGGUGAACUUUUAUCUUUUACUAGAUGGUAAAGAAGUGGACUCUGCCACAGCAGCUCAGACCCUCGCUGCCUGGUUCCUUGUAGUCGUAGUACCCGAGCUGGACAUGGGAGAGGCACGAUGCCGGGUGAAAACCGAGAAUCAGGACCUCACGAGUGAGCCCGUGAACCUGGAAGUAGUCCCAGUUGGAGGAAAUGUGAAAGUGGAGGUGGAAUAUCUGUACACAGCUGAUUCCAAACUGACUACAGCAAGGCUGAGCUGUCACGUCAGCAGAGGAACUUUUCCUUACAUCUCGUGGCUCUUCAAUGACUCUGUCCUUCCCUCUGAGUCUCAUCCGGAUUCCCACAUUCAGCCCAUCCUGCCUCACAUUGCCUUCGCUGACCGAAGACGAUCCCUCGUCCUCACUAAGCUCAGCCCAGAGGAAUCUGGGUAUUACCGCUGCAGGGCCAGGGACAAUUACGAUGACGCUGGGCCCUGGGUGGAGAGUGCAGCUGAGCUGGUCCAAGUCACAGUCAACUCCAUGUCUCAAGCAGAGUCCUCAACCGAAACGCCACCAAGUGAAAGUUUUUGCAUGAACAUCACAGAAGCUGUCACCAUCACAUUCUGCUGCUUCGUUCUCCUCAUUCUAGUAGUGGGUUCAGCCUGCGUGUACAAGAUGUUUGAAAACAAGCAAGCUCAUACCAACAGUGUUCCAGCAAACUCUGAUGCACUUCAGUCUGAACUGACACACCAGUCAGGGGGAAAUACGGCUGAUACUACCGCUACAGAUUGCGAUGUUCAAAAUCAGAUCACUGAGGUCACAGUAUGAUGCACAAGAGUCCUUCACCUCCUAAUACAAUAUUUAAUUUUAAAUGUUUAUAUUAUGUUAAUAUUUAAUAUUUAAUGUUCUUGGGUUACUGAACUGUCUACAUGGCACUGUUGAAACAUUCAGUUAUAGACAAGUGCGAAAUUGCAUUGCCUACCUACUGUAUACUGUUAUUUUGAUGGAAAUAAAUUUUUAAUUAUUAGAUUA